AUGGAGAUUACUAAACCUCACGCGGUAAUGCUCGCCAGCCCGGGAAUGGGCCACGUCAUCCCGGUAAUCGAACUCGGAAAACGCUUAGCUGGAUCUCACGGCUUCCGCAUCACCAUCUUUGUCCUCGAAGCUGACGCAGCCUCCGCUCAGUCCCAAUUCCUCAGCUCACCUGGCUCCUACGCCAGCCUCGUCCAUAUCAUCGGUCUCCCGACUCCAGACAUCUCAGGUCUAGUUGACUCAUCGACUUAUAUCGCGGUCAAGAUCUUGUUCAUGAUGCGUGAGACCGUUUCCACCCUCCGAUCAAAGAUCGAGGAGAUGCAGCACAAACCAACGGCUCUGAUUGUAGACUUGUUAGGCUUGGACGCGAUACCGCUUGGCAAAGAGCUCAACAUGUUGACUUUUGCCUUCAUCCCCUCAAGUGCGCGUCUUCUCGCGGUGACUAUAUAUUUUCCAACGCUGGACAAAGAUAUUGAAGAAGAGCACAUAAUCAAGAAGAAACCAUUGGCUAUACCGGGAUGUGAACCGGUUCGGUUUGAGGAUACUCUCGAACCAUACCUUGACCCGACCAAUCAGAUGUACCAAGAACUUGUUCCUUUCUGUUCACUACCUCCGACGGCUGAUGGCAUUAUUGUGAACACAUGGGAUUUUAUGGAGUCCAAGACUUUGAAAUCUCUUCAAGACCCAACGCUAUUGGGUAAAAUUGCUCGUGUACCGGUAUAUCCAAUUGGUCCGUUGUACAGACCGGCUGAUCUAUCGAAUGCUGAUCAUCCGGUUUUGGAUUGGUUAAACGAACAACCAGAUGAGUCGGUACUUUACAUUUCAUUCGGAAGCGGCGGCUCUCUCUCGUCUAAACAGCUAAUUGAAUUGGCUUGGGGGCUCGAGCUGAGUCAGCAACGGUUCAUUUGGGUGGUCAGACCGCCGGUAGACGGUUCGGCUUGCAGCGAGUAUUUAUCGGUCAACAGUGGCCAUGGUUCGCCGGAUUAUUUACCGGAAGAGUUUGUUAGCCGGACUCAAGAGAGAGGCGUGGUGGUCUCUUCGUGGGCCCCACAAGCUGAGAUAUUAGAGCAUGUCCAACGCUAG